GACCAAGUCCUAAAUUUUUUAGGUUUGAAUUAUAAUUUUUAUUUUGUUGAACGAAGGGCCUAAAAACCAAACCCUUACAACUGAAUUGUAUUCAGGAUGAAGACCAACGAUUUCUCAUUGAAGAUGAUCUAAAGGGAAAAUGGGAGCAAAGGAAACGGAGGCUAGAAAGGGAAUGCUGAUGGAAGGGAUAGCGUCCAUCGCACUUUUAUCAAGUGGAUCCAUCUCUGGACACUUUAUCCAGCUUCCAGAGUCUAUCUGCUAUGGCCUUCACGGCACCGAGUUGGCUUGUGAAAGGGAGUGCAGUAGAGGGGAGGAUUAUCGCUUGAUCAAACUUACGGUCACAGACUUUAAAACUAUGAGAGAACGGGAUGUUAUAGUGGAAUGCAAAGGACAUGAUGCUGCUAGGCUAAAUAAUAUUGAGCAUGCUCAUGGGUGGGAAAAUGAUGUUAUGAAUUUUCUUGAAGAGAAAUGCCGAAAGGGAAACAUUUUUGUUUCUUUUGAGUGUGAGACACUAAAAGCUGACAAAGAAGCAGAGGAUCAUAUCAGCAAGUGCAUGCCCAAAUUAGUAGGGAUGGAGGCUGUUGUGAACAUUGGCAAGAUGACCAUCUCUGGCUUAGAUUUUGAAGAUGAAUCCGAAUGAAAGCGUUUACGGCAAAAUGUUAUUGGAUCUGUCGAUUCUUCAUCCCAUCCGACUGUAAAUUAUUCCUCAGUUGCACUGCCGUUUCUAGCUCAUGAAAGCGUUUAAUUCGAUGUCAUCUUAUCCUCAUUCCAUUUCAAAUCAACAAAUUACAAAAAAAUGCAAUGUUUGUACCAGAUUAAUUGUUGCAAAGAAAACUCUUUUAUUCCGCUUUGCUUCUAGCGUCGCGAAAAAAGUAUGGAAUGUUUAGAGAUGACACAAAGUCAAUGAACCCCCUUCUCUUAAUGGAUGAACCUGAGUAGUUUCUCUUUGCAGAAGACUCAUCGAGAUACCUUUAAUAUACAUUCCUUUGGUGCACUCGUUGGAGUCGUUGCCGUUAAUAUAAAUUCCUUUUGUUC